CUUUAAUUACUUUUGUUUACUAGAAUAAAAUGAGAUGGGGGGGAUGUGUUAAAGUGUUUUUAGGGAAAGAAGGCUGCAUAUAAUUUUUUACUCUUGUGGCAUAAUCAGUACUUGGCCUGAUAUAUAUCCAGGCCUCAUAGCUUAUAACCCAAAGUAAAUUAAAGGCAUAAUUUGGUAUUCUAUAGUUGUUUAGAAUUUUGAGAAUAUAAACCUCCUUGAAAAAUAAAGCGUUUUAACAUAUUUUCAGAAGUGUAUCAACUUUUUUAGGCUUUUAGGUUAGUUUUAUGCCAAAUUAUGAGUGAAUAGCACUUGAAUUAUCUAAAAGAGUUUAUUAUAAUCCCUAAGAGGUCUAAGUAGUGUCUUGGUAAUUGAGGAGAGAUUUUCAUUCUACCUAAGUGUAAACUCAUAUAAAUCCGGUGAAGAAGGUAUAGUGAAUUCUAUAUAAGUAAGAGUCUAUAAUUUGAUUCCUUUUUUGUGGUAAAAAUCUAAUUUAGCGUGAAGAGAUGGGAAAUUUCAUGUGAAGGUUUUAGCCAUCAAACAGUGCUAUCACCUACUCAUGCAAAAAACUACCUUUCAAAGACUUGUUCCAGGUCCCUCAUAUCAAAAAAUUAAGAGUAUAAUGGAAGAUAGCCCGAUCUUGUCAAAUUGGACAAAUGGCAACAAACAAAAAAUGAAGUAUGACUUUUCAUGUGAACUCUAUAGAAUGUCUACAUAUUCAACUUUCCCUGCUGGUGUUCCUGUCUCAGAAAGGAGUCUUGCUCGUGCUGGUUUUUAUUACACAGGUGUGAAUGACAAGGUCAAAUGCUUCUGUUGUGGUCUGAUGCUGGAUAACUGGAAACAAGGAGACAAUCCUAUUGAAAAGCAUAAACAGCUAUAUCCUAGCUGUAGCUUUAUUCAGAAUCUGGUUUCAUCUAGCGUGGAAUCCACCUCUAAGAAUACUUCUCCGAUGAGAAACAGUUUUGCACAUUCAUUAUCUCCCACUAUGGAACAUAGUGGCUCAUUCAGUGGUUCUUAUUCCAACCUUUCAUCAAACCCUCUUAAUUCUAGAGCAGUUGAAGACUUCUCUCCAUUGAGGACUAACCCCUACAGUUAUGCAAUGAGUACGGAAGAGGCCAGAUUUCUUACUUACCAUAUGUGGCCAUUAACCUUUUUAUCACCAUCAGAAUUGGCAAGAGCUGGUUUUUAUUAUAUAGGACCCGGAGAUAGGGUAGCCUGCUUUGCUUGUGGUGGAAAGCUAAGUAACUGGGAACCAAAGGAUGAUGCCAUGUCAGAACACCGGAGACAUUUUCCCAACUGUCCGUUUUUGGAAAAUUCUCUAGAAACGCUGAGGUAUAGCAUUUCAAAUCUGAGCAUGCAGACACAUGCAGCUCGAAUGAGAACAUUUAUGUACUGGCCAUCUAUUGUUCCAGUUCGGCCUGAGCAGCUUGCAAGUGCUGGUUUUUAUUAUGUGGGUCGCAAUGACGAUGUCAAAUGCUUUUGUUGUGAUGGUGGCUUGAGGUGUUGGGAAUCUGGAGAUGAUCCGUGGGUAGAACAUGCCAAGUGGUUUCCAAGGUGUGAGUUCUUGAUACGAAUGAAAGGGCAGGGGUUUGUUGAUGAAAUUCAAGCUAGAUAUCCUCAUCUUCUUGAACAGCUAUUGUCAACUUCAGACACUCCUGGAGAUGAAAAUGCUGAUCCACCAAUUGUUCAUUUCGGAUCUGGAGAAAGUUCUUCAGAAGAUGCAGUCAUGAUGAAUACACCUGUGGUUCAGUCUGCCUUGGAAAUGGGCUUUAGUAGAAGCUUGGUAAAGCAGACAGUUCAGAGUAAAAUCCUGACAACUGGAGAGAACUACAAAACAGUUAGUGAUAUUGUAGCAGCACUUCUUAAUGCUGAAGAUGAGAAAAGAGAAGAGGAAAAGGAAAGACAAGCUGAAGAAAUGGCAUCAGAUGACUUGUCAUUAAUUCGGAAGAAUAGAAUGGCCCUCUUUCAACAGUUGACGUGUGUGCUUCCAAUCCUGGAUAAUCUUUUAAAGGCCAAUGUAAUUAAUAAACAGGAACACGAUAUUAUUAAACAAAAAACACAGAUACCUUUACAAGCAAGAGAACUGAUUGAUACCAUUUUAGUUAAAGGAAAUGCUGCAGCCAACAUCUUCAAAAACUGUCUAAAAGAAAUUGACUCUACAUUACAUAAGAACUUAUUUGUGGAUAAGAAUAUGAAGUAUAUUCCAUCAGAAGAUGUUUCAGGACUGUCACUGGAAGAACAAUUGAGAAGGCUGCAAGAAGAAAGAACUUGUAAAGUGUGUAUGGACAAAGAAGUUUCCAUUGUAUUUAUUCCCUGUGGUCAUCUGGUAGUGUGCCAGGAAUGUGCCCCUUCUCUAAGAAAAUGCCCCAUUUGCAGGGGUAUAAUCAAGGGUACUGUACGUACAUUUCUCUCAUAAAAGAAAAAUAGGCUGUAUCUUAGCCUGUAUAGAAAAGUCUUUAAAAUAUUGUUGAACAUUUGAUGCCAUCUGAAGUAAAAAAGGAAUUACUGGUUCUUCAGUUGGUAACAUUUGUGUUCUAAUCUGCUUUGGUACUCAUUUCUAAAAAGAUGGCAUUUUAUAUUUAAUCUUAAUCUGUGUAUUUACAAGGAAAGAUUUGUGUUUGAUGGGAUAUGUAAGUAUCUGUGUGAAAGCUUUGAGUAGCGUGUUACAGUGUGAAUUAAAAGAACUGGAAACAGGGAACUCUGGAGUUCAGAGUUAUGAUGCCACAUUCUCUUUGGUGCUUUUCACUUGUGUUGUAAAAUAAGAAUUUUUCUCUUACUAGUAAAUAAGUUUUCCCCUAGUUUCCUUUAGUUUGUGAGAAACAUCUUAAUA